AUGACCCGCGUCCAGCGCGCCUCCCUCCCAGUCCUUCUUCAAGGGAAGGACGGGCUGGUGGCGGGCAAGACGGGGACGGGCAAGACCCUGGCCUUCCUGGUGCCCGCCGUCGAGCUGUUGCGCCGGGCCGGCGUCGAUCCCGCACAGCGCGCCAUCAGCGUCCUCAUCAUCUCCCCCACUCGCGAGCUUGGAUCGAUCCACGCUGCAGCGAUGCAGACCGUGAAGGAGGCGUGGAUGCUGGCGGGCGGCCCGCGCGGCGACAUCAAGGUGGGGUGCGUAAUGGGCGGCCGCGACUUCCUCGCCGAGCGCCAGGAGAUGCAGGACGCCCCCGCCAUUCACAUCCUGGUGUGCACGGUCGGGCGGCUACUGGACCACCUGAAGAAGGACGACGCGCUGCGCACGCGCCUGGCCGACCUCCGCAUGCUCAUCCUGGACGAAGCCGACACGUUGAUGCAAACGACGUUCGAGCAGGAGAUGGGCGAGAUCUUGACCUUCCUCCCUCCCGCCGACCGAAGACAGACGCUCCUCUUCUCCGCCACCAUUCCAUCGACCAUCCCCGUUGAAGGGCUCAUAAGGGAGGACUACACGCUGGUGGAUGCCGUGGACAAGAGCGACGCAAUCACCAACGUCAACGCCACCCAGCAGUACCUCGUCGUGCCCCUCGCGGACACGGUGCGCGCGAUCUACUCGCUGCUGCUGCACCACACGACGACCAACGCCCGCUACAAGAUCCUGGUGUUCUUUGCCACGGCGCGGCUCACGCAGUUCAUGAGCAUGCUCUUCACCCAGGUCUUCCACAUCCCGACCCUCGAGAUCCACUCCCGUCGGGCGCAGGACAAGCGAACGGCCACCUCGGACGACUUCAGGAAGCAGGACAACGUCAUCCUCUUCAGCUCCGACGUCUCCGCGCGAGGUAUGGACUACGAGGACGUGACAUUUGUGCUGCAGGUGGGGCGGGCGUCGAACCGGGAGCAGUACAUCCACCGCCUGGGCCGGACGGCCCGCGCGGGCAAGGAGGGCUACGGCCUCCUGCUGCUGGCCCCGCACGACGAGUCCUUCCUCGCGGCCCUCCACGACCUCCCCAUCCUCCCCACCACCGCCCCAGCCGCCCACGGAGACACGCCGUUGCCGGAGACGAUGGUGGAGGAGUGGAAGCGAGGCGUGCACAGGCGGGGCGAGCUCAAGUCGCGGGCCGUGCAGGCGUACCAGUCGUGGCUCGGGUUCUACAACAGCCACAAGAAGCAGCUCGACUGGGACAAGGAGCGUCUCGUGGCCGAGGCCGCCCUUUUCGCGGUCGAGUGCCUCAAGUUCGCCGCGCCGCCCGCCAUCCUCCACUCCAUCGCCAAGAAGAUGGGACUCGGCGACGUCUCCUCCCUCCCUACCAAGAAGUGA